UUUUUUUUCGCUUUGGAAUUUCACUCUUGUUUUUUUUGGUUCGCUCUCUUGUCAUCAUUAUUUAUUAUUGUGCGUUGAAUUUUCCGAAUUAAGUGAGAGAGAAAAAAAAUCCUUUCCACUUUUCACAUUUUCAUUGAUUGACCAUCAAAUUGGACAAACAAAAACAACCAAAAAUACCGCCUUUACCGCCACCUCAACCAUUUCUUCCUCCUCUUCCUCCUUCUCCUUUUCCUCAUCCUUCAACGAAUAAUAAUUCUUUUUCAUCAUUGUUAAAUCGACCACCACCACCAUCACCACAAUCUUUGCCAAUAACGAAUAAUAAUAAUCAUCAUUCAACAAAAAUGUAUCCCGCCAGGCAUCCGGGACCACCACCACAACCUGGUCAACAAUUUAAAUUUACCAUUUCUGAAUCAUGCGAACGUAUAAAAGAGGAAUUUAAUUUUCUACAAACACAAUAUCAUGGCCUCAAAUUGGAAUUGGAAAAAUUGGCCAAUGAAAAAACUGAAAUGCAAAGGCAUUAUGUUAUGUACUAUGAAAUGUCAUAUGGGCUUAAUGUUGAAAUGCACAAACAAACCGAGAUUGCCAAACGGCUAAAUGCAAUCAUCGCUCAAAUAUUGCCCUACCUACAACAAGAUCAUCAGCAACAAGUUGCUACAGCCGUUGAAAGAGCCAAACAAUUAUCAAUGACAGAAUUAAAUACCAUCAUUUCGCAACAGAUGCAUGCUCAGCAAUUACCUCCACAUGCUGCUGCAGCUGCGGCUGCACAUGGGCCAAUUCCUUUAAUGCCACAUGCAUUAGCCGGUAAUUUACCACCAAUUCCACCGGGUGCAGCCGGUGCUGCCGGUUUAUUAGCAUUAGGUGGACCACCGGGACAUCAUAUGCCAUCAUCAGUUGCUGCAGCAAUGGCUGCUGCUAAUUCAUCGGCAGCCGCUGCUGCUGCUGCAUCAGCAAUGAAAGAAUCAAGAUCUGGACAGGAUAACGAUACAAUUUCAUCGAAACGAUCCAAUAGUGUGCUCAGUUCCGAGGAUCGACAGCGUAAUUCAAUAUCACCAAAUGAACGGGAAAAAUUUCGUCCAUCACCAUCGGAAAUGAAUGAUCAUGAUUCAAUAAAAAAACGUAAAUGUAAAGAGGAAAAAGAUAGUGAUGGAGAAAAAAGUGAUCAAGAAUUAGUUGUCGAUGUGGCUAAUGAAGAUGGUGUUGGCCCAAAUAAUUCAACAUCAAAUGGUACAUCAUCACCACGUGAAAAUGGUAAUUCAAUGGAAAAGAUCUCGAAAAAAGAAUUUCCAUCACAUAGUCCACAUUCGAGCAUAUCAUCCAAUUCAUCAACACCAUCAUCAAAACAUAAAGAUACGGAAAAAUCUACUACACCAGUGCCGAAAGCAACAACACCGAAUGGUAUAUUAGGUAAAUCAUCGAUACCGAAAACACCGUUAGGUCCGCCAUAUCCGUAUCAGAUGCAUCCGGGUGCUCCUCCACCGCAUCCGAUACCGGCCGAUCUCAGCGCUGCAGCUGGACUGUAUUCGCAAUCAUUACAUAAUAAUAUGCCACCGGGAUAUCCGCGAGGAUUGCCAUAUUCUGAUCCUCAUCCUUCAUUACGUUUAACUCCUGGCUUUCCAGCACCGGGUGCUAUUUCGGGUGGUAAACCAGCCUAUUCAUUUCAUGUAAGCGGCGAGGGACAAAUAAAUCCAGUGCCAUUUCCAGCCGACGCAUUAUUGGCACAGGGAAUACCACGACAUGCACGUCAAAUUAGCACAUUGAAUCAUGGUGAAGUGGUGUGUGCUGUGACAAUAUCGAAUCCAACUAAAUAUGUUUACACGGGUGGCAAAGGAUGUGUCAAAGUUUGGGACAUUAGUCAACCAACAGCUAAACAUGUUUCGCAGUUGGACUGUCUCCCUCGUGAUAAUUAUAUCCGAUCAUGUAAACUACUGCCGGAUAAUCGUACUCUGAUUGUUGGCGGUGAAGCUAGUACGAUAACUAUAUGGGAUCUUGGUUUGUCAUCUCCACAUGUCAAAGGAGAACUUAACUCUUCAGCGCCAGCUUGUUAUGCAUUGGCCAUAUCUCCUGAUUCAAAAGUUUGUUUUAGCUGCUGUUCGGAUGGAAAUAUUGCCGUAUGGGAUCUACAUAAUCGAAGUUUAGUACGACAAUUUCAAGGCCACACGGAUGGUGCCUCUUGUAUUGACAUUAGCGUUGAUGGCAACAAAUUAUGGACUGGUGGCCUCGAUAAUACCGUUCGUCAUUGGGAUCUUCGUGAAGGACGACAAUUGCAUCAAUAUGAUUUCAAUUCACAAAUUUUCUCAUUAGGAUUCUGUCCAACUGGUGAAUGGUUAGCUGUCGGAAUGGAAAGCUCUAAUGUUGAAGUAUUGAACGUAAAUAAACCGGAUAAAUAUCAACUACAUUUACAUGAUAGUUGUGUUUUGUCAUUAAAAUUUUCGAGUUGUGGAAAAUGGUUCGUAUCGACUGGAAAGGAUAAUUUGCUCAAUGCAUGGCGUACACCAUAUGGUGCUUCCAUAUUUCAGUCAAAAGAAUCAUCAUCAGUUUUAAGCUGUGACAUUUCAUCGGAUAAUAAAUACAUUGUCACUGGUUCAGGUGAUAAAAAAGCAACAGUCUAUGAAGUCAUCUAUUAAAAUCGCUUUCAACUUUAAAUUGUCUCGCACUAUUCUCAUUAUAUUGCAUUGAAUUGUACAAAACAAAAAAAUUCUUGAAUUCUUUCUCAAUUUGAUUCACACAUAAUUUGUUUGCAUGAAAACGGUGACGAAAUUUCG